AUGGAACAUCAAUCGUUGUACAAUCAUGUUGCUUCCAAUCAAUCUGAAUCAAACAAUUCAACUGGUAAAUUCGUGCGUUUUGAUCAUGUUCGAUUUUGGGUUGGCAACGCUAAACAGGCAGCAUACUGGUAUUGUACAAACUUUGGUUUUGAACCGUUUGCCUAUAGAGGCCUCGAAACAGGAAGUCGACUGAUCGUAUCUCAUGCAAUUCGUCAGAAUAAUAUAAUCUUUGUUUUCGAAUCGGCGCUAUUGCCCGACAAUGUAGAACUUGGAAAUCAUCUCGUGAGACAUGGUGAUGGUGUGAAAGAUGUGACGUUUCAAGUGGAGAAUAUCGAAGCUAUUGUAGAGAGAGCGAAGAAGAAAGGUGCAAAAGUGAUCAGCGAUAUCAAUGAAGAGACUGAUGAAUAUGGAUCGAUCAAGCGUGCUGUCAUCCAAACGUAUGGUGAUACAGUGCAUACGUUACUAGAUCGAACAAAUUAUAAAGGUCUGUUCUUACCUGGCUAUAGCAAACAUAGCCAAAAAACGAUUUUCAUUGAUCAACUACCAAAACCAAAUCUUUCAUUUAUCGAUCACUGUGUUGGUAAUCAAAAAGACUUGCAAAUGGAGGCUGUUGCGAAUUGGUAUGAAAGUGUUUUCGAUUUUCAUAGAUUUUGGUCGGUUGAUGACUCGAUGAUUCACACAGAAUAUUCAGCGCUCCGAUCGAUUGUAGUGACAAAUAAAGAAGAAACAAUUAAAAUGCCUAUUAAUGAGCCUGCCACGGGGAAAAGAGCCGUUUCACAAAUACAGGAAUAUGUUGAUUAUUAUAGUGGACCAGGAAUACAGCACAUAGCAUUAAAUACGCCUAACAUUAUUCAAGCAAUCAUCGCGUUGAGGGCACGUGGACUCGAGUUUUUGUCAAUUCCUGAUAGCUAUUACGCAAUUCUACGGAAAAAUCUCGAGAAUUCCAAAAUAAAGGUUGCAGAAGAUUUGGAUAUGUUACAAAAGUUGAACAUUUUGGUUGAUUAUGAUGAUAACGGCUAUUUAAUGCAAAUAUUCUCAAAACCUUGUCAAGAUCGGCCGACGCUAUUCAUAGAAAUUAUUCAGAGAUCUAACCACCAGAUGUUAUUUGAGGGCUUUGGUGCGGGAAAUUUCAAGGCCUUAUUUGAAUCAAUUGAGAUGGAACAAAACGAGAGAGGAAAUCUAUUUUACAAAGAUGUUGUCGAAGGCGGAGAACGCAUUGCACACUGA